AUGCUCUCUUUCACGCUUCUGUCGACUUUGGUCGCCUCAGCCGUGGCCCUCUCAGGCGAAGCAACAUUCUAUGGCGGUAACGUCCAGGGCGGCAUGUGCUCUUUCUCGACCUACACCAUUCCUUCCGGAAUCUAUGGUACCGCCUUGAGCGACAGCAACUGGGAUGGCAGCGAAGCUUGUGGAGGCUGCGUCAAAGUCACUGGCCCUGAUGGAAACAGCAUUACUGCCAUGGUCGUGGACCAGUGUCCCGGCUGUGGCACAAACCACCUGGAUCUGUUCGAGGAUGCUUUCGCCGAGCUCGCGGAUGCAAGCAAAGGUGUCAUUGACGUGACCUGGGACUAUGUCGACUGUCCCAUCUCGAGCGCCCUUGGGGUCCACAUGAAAGAGGGAGUUUCCGCCAAUUGGUUCUCUGCGCAAGUCGUCAAUGGCAACAAGCGCACUGCAGACCUACAAGUCAGUUCCGAUGGAGGCUCUACCUGGACCAGUGGUUUGAGUCGUAAAGACUACAACUUCUUCGAAUUGAGCUCCGGAACAGGAAGUGACACUGUUGCUGUGAAGGUCGAGAGCAUCGAUGGAGAUCAAGUUAUCGUCAAGGGCAUUUCUGUUACGGGAGGGAACUCGCAGGCCGCUUCCGGGAACUACUAG